GUUCCUUUUUUCCCUUGACUGUUCCAUAACUUCGGCGCCAUUUCACACCCACGGUCGUUUUAUCCGUUGGAUACUGGUCAUCUUCGUUUGUUUACUUCGUCUUACUGCUUUUGGCGUCGCUCAUUCUCUUUGAUACCCAUUGGCUUCAGCAUCUUUCCGAGCGGCCGGUCCCUUUAUCUGUACCCAACACCACCAGCACCACCACCACCACCAACAACAACAACAGCAUGGCACCAAUUCCCAUCACCAUCAUUACCGGCUUCUUGGGCUCGGGAAAAACGACUCUCAUUCUUAACCUCCUGCCCCAGCUCAAGGCCAAGAACCCAGACUACAAACUCGCACUCAUCAAGAACGAAUUUGGCGAUCUGGCAGUCGAUUCGCAGCUCGCCUCGUCAGCCGCCGUCUCGGGCGUCCGGGAGCUUCUCAACGGCUGCAUCUGCUGCAACCUCGUCGGCCAGCUCGACGUAGCCCUCGAGGAACUCAGGUCGACCAUCAACCCGGACCGCAUCGUCAUCGAGACCUCCGGCUCCGCCUUCCCCGCCACCCUCGUCUUCGAGAUCAACCGUCUGGCGCGCGAGACGGGAGGCGCCUACGUGCUCGACGGCGUCCUCAGCGCCAUCGACGUCGAGAACUGGAAGGGCUACGAGGAUACCAGCUGGACGGCCCGCAACCAGGCCCGCUACACCGACCUCAUCGUCUUCAACAAAUGGGAAACCUGCGACGAGCUCCGCUUCGACGAGGUGCUCGACCGCGUUGGCGAUCUCGAGGUGGAGACUCCCUGGGUCAAGAGCCGCAAGGGUUGGGUAGAAGCUGACUUGAUCUUCGGUAUCGACGGCGGCCUCGCCCGGGACCUGACGGAAGAACACACCAAACGUGAGCCUUCUUCUCACGAGAAACACGAUCACGGUCACCAGCAUGACCACCAAACCGAGGUGGAAGUGCUGUCCGUCGAGCUCACCGGCGGAGCCAAAGGCGCCGGCGUCGAUGCCGGCAAGCUUCUCUCGCUUCUCAAAGCGGCCCCCAAAGACGAGGUCUAUCGAAUCAAGUCCGUCCUUACCGUGUCGGGAACGGCCCGCGACUCGGAUCAGGACGACGCCAACCCAACGCCGCCUCACGAUAGCUCUCGUUUCAUUCUCAACUGGGCGUUCGGGAGGUGGACAUUCACGCCCGUCUCCGACACCACAGCGGAGCACGAGUCGAGCGAUCGGAUUCCUCUACGGAUGACCAUAAUCCUAGCAAGGUACGCGGGCGGGAAGUGGAAGAAGAAGAUCGAGGAGGGUGGUUUCCUACAACUAGACGGUGAAGGUACGGGGGCAUUGGCUGUGAAUAAGAUUCUAUGAAACAGGAUUGGGUAAAAGUAGAGAUCCGGAUCGCCAAUAGAGUGGGUAUAUACUAGAGCAUAAUAGAUAGAGUAUUAUAAUGACUGCCGAGACAUAUUGACGUGCGGGCGCACAU